GAGGCUCUUGUUCUUCCCCGCGAGAUCCCAACAUCGACGACUAACAACUCAUCGGCGUUUUUUGUCUCCUCGUUUUUCAUACUGUUAUAAUUAUUUUAGAGGAGGACAUGUGCCGUCAAAAUUCUCCUGUACACCAUUCUACUGAGGAAGACACCGCAGCUGAUGAGAGCCUUCUAAUUUAUUGCAAGCCUGUUGAACUGUACAAUAUUCUCUCCCGCCGUUCUCUUCAUAAUCAGCCUUCAUUUCUUAGGAGAUGUCUGCGCUACAAAUUACGAGGAAGGCAUAAAAAGAGGUUAAGAGCUGGAAUUGUGAUAUUCAAUUAUAGGGACUGUUACAACACGAUUCGAAAGACUGAAGUGACUGAGGACUUUUCUUGUCCAUUUUGCUUGAUGCAAUGCGCAAGCUUUAAGGGUUUGCGAUUUCAUCUUUGUGCAUCACAUGAUCUCUUCAACUUUGAGUUUUGGGUGACUGAGGACUAUCAAGCGGUCAACGUCUCUGUGAAGAUUGAUAUAUUGAGAUCAGAGAAUGUCACUGAUGGGAUAAAUCCACAGUCACAAACCUUCUUCUUCUGUGCAAGGCCUCGACGACGUGUACGCAAAGGUUCUAAUCAAAAUGAUAAGUGUGCUAAUAUACAGUUUCUGGAGCUGGAUUCACCCAUGCUGGCUACAGAAGGCAUGCAGAAUGGUUUUCAUGAGAAGCACCAUGACACCCUGUCCGGCAGAGGUGGGGACUUGUACAAGAUAUCUCCCAGUCAGAAAGAAUUGCAGAAUGGAAGACUGGAUGGAGAGAAAUAUGGUCCUCAUUAUCCUGGUACUACAGAUGACUUGGAACAUGUUGCUUCUAGUUUCAACAUUCCAGGUGUUCCAAUUGCCAUGCCCCAAACUUCUAGGGACCCUGAAUGUAAUAAAUCAGUAUCUAGAUGUGAUUCUGCUUUGCCUGCCAAGACAAGGAAGAUGAACAUUGAUCGGUCAGACUCAAGAAAUCGUAUGCUCCUGCAGAAAAGACAGUUCUUUCACUCUCACAGAGUUCAGCCUAUGGCACUGGAACAAGUGUUAUCAGAUCGAGACAGUGAAGAUGAAGUUGAUGAUGACAUUGCAGAUCUUGAAGAUCGAAGAAUGCUUGAUGAUUUUGUUGACGUUUCCAAAGAUGAAAAGCAGCUCAUGCAUCUCUGGAAUUCUUUUGUGAGGAGGCAAAGUGUGCUGGCAGAUGGUCAUGUUCCCUGGGCCUGUGAGGCCUUUUCCAAGCUUCAUGGAAAGGAGUUGAUCUCAUCUCCUGCAUUAUUUUGGUGUUGGAGGCUAUUCAUGAUCAAACUUUGGAAUCAUGGCCUUCUUGAUGCUUCCACAAUGAACAACUGCAGUAUAGUUCUAGAUAGUUUCAGAAACGAGGUGUCUGAUGAGAGCAAAAAUUGAAGAUUAAAGGCUAACUGCUUCAAGGGACAGAGUUCACACCAUCUUCCCUUUGUAUUUUUCUUGAUUGUAACAAUCUUAUUCUUGUAUUUCCAAUCGUAAUUUAUUAAUUAUUUUUUCAACUACAUUUGAACGAUGUAAUGUAUCAUUUUGUUAUAUAAGUGAAAUUUGGUCUUUCCUUCUCAA